CUGGGUUCACCGCGACAGUCAUCUUCGCAAAGGAAUCGCCAAAGGAAUCGCUCGAGUCAGCGCUGGCCAGGGGCUCCUUGACAUGCUAGCCUGCCCCGAGACCGACACAUCUUGACGAGUUAAAUUCCGUGAUGUACUCCACGCUUGAGGCAGACAUCCGACCGGGCACGGGUCUGGGCGUGUUUGAACUUGGAACCUCGUUGUGGAAUGUGCUCGAUAUGCUACGAUGCAUGCAACAUGCGUUUCCUCUGGUCGAUGUCAAGUUCGAUCCUGACUCCUCCGUCACCCCUAUCAUCCUGCAUAUCCGACCACAUUUGGACCUGUUAUUCUCCGGUCAACACCAGCGGCUGCACACUAUCUGUCUCAGAAAGCUGCGGGAUCCAAAUCCGCCCGUUACACUCAAGUUCAAGGAGGCUAUCUUGUCCUCCACGGAUGAGGUCUUCAGGCGAGUCGGCGUGAGCCGCACUUUCGGUCCUACGUAUCCCGGAGACGACCUCCGUUACCCCGGUGUUCUAUUCAGUUUUGAAGAAGACAGUCGGAACGAGGGCUUGAAGGGAACAUCAACGCACACAGAGGAUAAGAUGCAGGAAGUGAAGCGAGUCGUAAUCACCCAGAAGAGUGUGAAUGGCGAAGUCAGAGAUGCUCUCGACGAAGUGGUCGAGUGCCCUGCAAUGUAUGGUGAGUUACAUAAGGCUGUAUUGAAGGUCCACGAAGGCGCGGACCUGUAUUUCUAUCCGUCGGGAACAGAGCCCGUCCAGAUACGUUUGGGAGCGACCUCCGCACAAGAUUUAACGUGCGAUCUUGGCCCACCGCUUCGAAUACACUAUAAAGAGGACGACCGGAUGGCUAUUCAUUCGAGACGCUCUGGUGAAGACGAGGACGCGGACACAGAUUACUUCUACAAUUAUCUUCAACAUGGAUUUGACUUCCUCGUUGAUGGGACGACACAUCUGGUAAAGAAGAUUGUCAUCCAUACUAACGUGCCCGGGUCUCCAUUGUUCCAGAGAUACAAACGAUGUCCAUGGGAGAUCGAAGGUAAGCCGGAAGAUGACGAAGACGGUAUGUGCGGAUGCGUCGAGUCGCUUGCGAGAGUCACUCAACGACAUGCAGAGACCCCGCCUCGUGUCAGGUUCUAUGACACAGUAAGUAGGCGGUCUGUGGUGUUCUGUAGUAAUCGCCAUGUCCUCAUAGCAUGCCCGCCAGGUAGAUACGAUAAGCCACUUUCUGGGACCGAAGGAGCAACCCCCCACCAUGCUUCUCGACCGAACUGACGAAGACGAUGGGCUUACGCUCCCUAGUUCGAAAACUCGUGCGCACGUCGUUCUUCCUUGCCAUAGGCCCUCACUGACCCUUAUUCGCAGGCUUGCUGGGGUUCGACGGGGUCAUACUGGAGGCGACGGAGUCGACACAAGUUGUGUCGGUCAUGCUCUUCUGAUUCCCUGCUAAGACUGCCCACAAGCUGUUCGUCACAAUUACAUCUUGUACACAUCUACUAUACACUAU